UAGAAAUAGAACUUUGGAAAAAUUAUAAACAAAAUGUAUAAAAAUAAACGAUCGAAAAAAACUUUAAAUGCCAUUGCUUUUCCAAACAAACGUACUAGAAAUGAAAAAAAUUUAAAACCAAUUAAAGAGAAUGAGAUUCUUAACAAUUCGCAAAAAGAAAAUGCUUCCCAAAUUUCAUCUACACAGCAAUCAAAUGAACCACCAGCUAAGAACUCUCGCAUUGAAAUUAGUAACCAAAUUGAAAUUCAUCGUUAUUCUAACGACAUACCACAUAUCAAUAAACAAGGUGAUGAAGAUGUUGAUUUAUUGGGAAGUCAAGAAUCAGUUCCAGCAAGUCAACCCCCAACACAGAGACGUUACUUAUCACAACGAGGAUUUAGUAUGACUUUAAACAGAACUCAAUCUAAAUCUUCAAGGGCCCCAGACUCAUAUUUCGAAAUGGUUUUAAUCAAAACAGGCGUAGAAAUAGAAAAUUCAGAAAACUUUAUCUUAACAUGUGAUCCUUUAUCAUACGUCAAUAAUUUGGCUUCUUUGUUAAAGAAACAUCACGAAUUUCCAGAUAAUAUACAAACGUUCUUAGAUGGAUACAAAGAAUAUUUAAAUAAUCAAUUUCGGCAAUUGAAACUAUUAACGGGUUGUGUUAUAAAUAUAUCUUCUAUGGGAACAGAGUAUCAAUCACAAGAUAGUAUGACAAUGAAUUUCAUGAUGAUAGACUUUUUGCAAGAAGGUAUCAUAGAUAUAUUAUUUCAGAAAAUAGAAAAAUGCGCGAGUGAAAAUCAAAAUUUUUCACCUGAUGUUCCUGUAUUACCCUUACUUUUGUCACAACUGAAGUUUGUAACAACAGUUUGUAGUGAUAAACUUUAUGACCGAAUUAUAAAAAUUUAUGAGAAAGCCACCGCGCAGAGUCGACGAGAAAUAAUAUCAAGUGCGGAAUAUAUUUUGGAUGCGUCCAAACAUGAUGAAUUUGUCCAAUAUUUAAUUGAUAAUACAAACUCACUUGAGGACCUGCUUUCUACGGAAAAUGUUAAAGCAUUUGCAAAUUUAUACUUAACAUCAACUAUACAGAAAAAUAUUCGGAAAAAAAUUAUUCUUUACGUGAAAAAUGGUUGCAAUAUUUCAAGACUAGCUGUAUUUAUGAAAUUUUUAUUGAAGUUUUUGCAAGAUGAUGAAGAAAAUUUAUCUGAGCUGGUUUCCGAUAUUCGAACCGCAUUAGAUUGGCAUGAGUCGAAUAUUAAUGAAUUCGAAAUAUUAAAGUAUCAAUCAGAAAUAUUCACUUAUAUAAAGCAAGGAUUAAUUCGUUCAAAAAAAUUAUGCGACAUAUGGCAGAAAUCCAUUCAAAAUUUAAAUGAAGAAUCAACGAAGCCGGUCGACAUUAUAAUCUUUUUAAUGUUAAUGUCUAUACGGGAUGAAAAGGGAUUUUACAUUGAAAAUUUGAUUCGAAGGCAAGUUAAAUUGGAGCAUAUAAAAUUAAAUGUCGUGUCUGAAACGAAAAGGUAUUUUUCACCUAUGCUAGAUACUUAUGGAGAUGUAUUCCUUCAGGUUCUAUAUAACUUUGUCAAAGAAAAAACUCAUAUCGUCAGCGAAUUUGCUAAAAAUUGUUUUUGUAUUAUUUUUAGCGUUAACGAAAACUAUCAAAAGAAAAUAUUGAAUAAACUUGUAGACUUAGCAUGUAAUAAAUAUUCCAAAAAUAUAACAACUACAGCUUUGGAUGUUUUAUAUAUUUUAAAUGAGAGAUUUAAUAAAGAAGUGCAAAAUUUCGGUUCUCUUUUAAUGCCCAUGUUAGAUCAAAUUAAUGAAAUACCUUUAAAACAAAUAAGAAAAGUAAUGCAACUUAUGUGCUCUAUAGCAUAUCCCUUGCCUCCUUUAACAGGAAGUCCACAUUUGCAAGAGCAUAUUGAAAUGAUGAUUAAAAAGCAAAUUUGCAGCCGUAACGUGAUAGUACAGAAAAAAGGGAUAAUUGGCAUAGUUCAAUUAAUAAAUUUUAUUGUAAGAACGGAACUUUCUGAUGAUUCAAAUAUUUACGACAUAAAUGAAUCUUAUCAAACGGCUAAUGAUUUACCGGAGGGCAGAGGUAAACAAGCUGCAAGUUUUGUUUUAAGAGUUUUUAGCGCGACGAAUUAUUGCACAAAUUCUUUAGGAUUGUUUUAUGAAGAACUAGCGAUUGCGCUGUCAACAAAAAAUUUGGAAAACAAUAAAGCUAAAAUUGAAAGACAUUUUUUGGUAUGGCUUUGUGAUCUUGUAACCUAUUACUUACAAGAGAAUUUCAUUGAAGAAAUAGAUAAGGAAAUGGAAUAUCAAAAGGAUUGUGAACUAGAAACUAGCGUUCAAAGAUGUCAAAAUUUUGCUGAAGAUCUUGUAACAGAAACAGAUGCUCUAAAUUUGGCAAUUAAUAUAGCCCGACCGGUUUUUGUGCCUAGCAUCGAAGCUCAUUCUUCGAUACUUAUUCUUCCACCUCUUUUCAAUUUAAUAGCUGUGGUACAGAAAAUUAAAUUUUCCGAAUCAUUAGAAGCAAUCAAUGCAGUUUUAGGAUGCGGAAUAAUUUUACCAAAAAUCUUUCAAGAUGAACCGAAUUUUCAAUUUUGGCAUAGAUACAAAGAAGAAACCGUAAUAAAGGUUAUUGAUAUGCACUUUCAUACAGUUAAUUGGUAUAGAGUUAUAGUAAGUUCAUUUAUUUCACAAGAUAGUGAGCUAUUGAGGAAAAAGAUCCUUUUUCGCUUAAAGGAACUGAUUGAAUUUGAAGAACUAACAAGAAAGUGUUUAACUCAAACUUCACCUAACUAUUUUCCGCCCUUAUCUUUAUUUAACAACUUCGAAGAGCCAAAACCUUCCAAAGCAACAAGAGGAAAAAAAACCGAGAAGAAAAAUGUGAAAUCUACUUCUAGUAAUAAAGGCCUAGGCAAAAGGAAAGUGGUUCAAACUGAAACUGAAGUCACAGAAAAUGAAGGUAUGUCGAUGAUAGCUGCAACUCACUCUCAAGAUAUGACUAUAAAUCGAGCAACUAAACUUGGCAACAAAAAUGUAGUUAAAUUAUCUCAAUUCGAAUUUAGCUAUGGUCCUAAAGAAAUUUUUCGGCAAUUAGAUAACGACAUCAUACUGAUUUUAAGAGAAGAUUUUGAUUUAACAUACCCACUAGAAGAAAGUAAAAUUGGGUUUUGUUUGGGAUUAAAAGAGUUAAAAUACAUAAUGCAAGAUCUGGUUUCAAAAAUUGAGAGUAUUCCUGGAAUAAAAAAAUUGGGAAAUGAUGUUAUUGUUCAAAAUAUGUGUCACAUCAAAUGUUUUAUGGAAAAAUCAGAAAUUUACUUAUCUCAUAUAUAUAAAAAUUUGGAAACUAUGAAAAAAUUUUUGUUUGAAUUGCUAAUUAAAGUUAAUGGAAGCUUGGGAAACUCAGCAUUAUUUACGGAUCAAGUUAAUUAUAUUAAAAUUUGUUUUAGCCUAUGUGUCAGAUUUAUUGCAAGUUAUUUUUCAUUUUCUGGAUUUGAUGAUUUAGCGUACGCUGAAAAUUUAAAACGAGCACUUCAAUCAAUAUCUAAUAAAAAAUCAAACAAUAUAAAUGAAUUAGUUUCUAACGUAAUUGAACAAUUAAUGACACUAGAGCCGGCAGUAGUGGAGAUAAAAGCAGCUUUUUAUUUAUAUCAUGCUAUUAAUACAAUACAACGUUUUUCUUCUAAAACAAACUUUGAAAAGAAAAUUCGAAUAAUGUGUAAAGUUUUCUUAUGUCGAAGAUGGUAUAAUUUGGAAGGUAACAUGGAAAAAGGAGCUUUUUCUAAUAUACUCUUAGAUGAAAUAAUAAAAGGUUUCGUUAAAAACUCUAGUAGCAAAAGACUCAAAGAAAUCUUAGUUGUUAUUUUAACAGACAGUAAAGGUCUAAAAGGAAAAGAUGACAUAAUAAAAAGUUUCCCAAAUAUUCAUAAGGGAAAUUUUCCGAUGUUGUUUAGAAGAUUAUGUGAAAGUUUGAUUGAAUCUACUAAUACUUCGAUUAGCAGGAAUCACUCAGAAAUGGAAUCGCUAAAGACAUGGGAGGAUCUUUGCAACAAUUUAAACAUAUUGUUAGAUAUUAUUCAAAGUACAGAUAUUCCAAGAAAUUACUCUUUAUACAUAAAGUAUUCUCAUUCAUUUAUAAAGGUAUUUCUCGAUAGUGGUUUACCGUCAUUUGAAAAGUCUCUUAGGAAGAAUCCAGAGAGGUUCAAUACGCUCCUAAAAAAUCUUCAAUACAAUACAAGAUUUUUACAUAAUUUAUGUUGUCAUUCAAAAGCCAUUAAAAACAAUGCUAUAGUUGCCCAAAUACCAUUUGUUCGAGAAACUGUGGAAAAGUUAUUAUAUAAAGUACAAGCUACUUUAGCUGCAAAUAAAUGUGUUUCAGCCUUUUGGAUGGGUCCUUUAAAAAACAAAGAUAUUCAGGGUGAAGAGAUCAGUUUAUCACAGCCGUCUGCAAUUGAUAUAAUAAAUAAAAAAAGUAAAAAUAAUGAAGAAUGCAAUGAUGAUAGUAGUGCUGAUGAUACCAUAAUGGAUGAUGAUGCAGGUAGUGUUGCUAAAAAAACAAACAAAAAUCAGUCUUUAAGUGAUUGUUUUUGAAUUAAGUGAUAUAUUUUAUAAAACAAUGUUCAAUGUAUAUAUGUACGUGAAUGGAUAUAUUUAUAUAUGUGUACAUAAUAUAUACAUAUAAAUAUAGGUAGAUUUAGAUUUUUUGUAUA